AGGCCAUUAGCAGGGAGCUGGAUCAGAAGUGGAGCAUCUGAAACUUGAACCAGUGCCCAUACAGGAUGCUAUGCUGCUGUUCUGGGAUAUCUCACUGCUGCUAGGCGUGGUGGCAGGAAGUGAAAUCUGCUACGACAGACUCGGCUGCUUCAGUGACGAUGUCCCGUGGGCAGGAACUGCAGAGAGACCCAUCAAAACACUGCCCGAGGACCCGAAACACAUCAACACUCGCUUCCUCCUGUACACAAAUGAGAACCAAGACAACUACCAGGAACUCACUGCGGAUGCUUCAGUGAUCAAAAACUCCAAUUUCAAAACAAAUAGAAAAACCCGCUUCAUCAUCCAUGGAUUCAUAGACAAGGGGGAAGAGAGCUGGCUGCAUGAUCUGUGCAAGAACCUGUUUCAGGUGGAAAGUGUGAACUGUAUCUGUGUGGACUGGAAGGGGGGCUCCCGCACUACAUACUCGCAGGCCACGCAGAACGUCCGGGUUGUUGGGGCGGAAGUGGCGUAUUUAGUUGACACUCUUCAGUCAGCGAUUGGGUACUCGCCAUCCAAUGUCCACCUAAUUGGCCACAGUCUGGGUUCCCAUGUUGCUGGGGAGGCUGGAAAAAGGACCAAUGGGGCCAUUGGACGGAUCACAGGGUUGGAUCCAGCAGAACCUUGCUUUCAGAACACCCCUGAAAUAGUCCGAUUGGACCCCAGUGACGCCCAGUUUGUGGAUGCAAUUCACACGGAUGCUGCUCCAAUGAUUCCCAACUUGGGAUUUGGAAUGAGCCAAACUGUGGGUCACCUCGACUUCUUUCCAAAUGGAGGACUGGAAAUGCCUGGGUGUAGUAAGAACAUUCUUUCUCAGAUAGUUGAUGUGGACGGGAUCUGGCAAGGAACACGUGACUUUGCGGCCUGUAAUCAUUUAAGAAGCUAUAAGUACUAUAUUGACAGCAUCAUCAACCCUACUGGCUUUGCUGGGUUCUCCUGUGCCUCUUACAGUGAUUUCACUGCAAACAAGUGCUUCCCCUGUUCCAGUGGAGGCUGCCCACAGAUGGGACAUUACGCUGAUAGAUUUUCUAGGAAGACAAAUGAAGUGGGCCAGACAUUUUAUCUCAACACCGGGGAUUCCAGUAAUUUUGCUCGUUGGAGGUAUCAGGUGACUGUGACACUGUCUGGACAGAAGGUUACAGGACACGUGCUAGUUUCUUUGUUUGGAAAUAAAGGAAAUUCUAGGCAGUAUGAAAUUUUCACGGGCUCUCUCAAAGCAGGAAAUUCUCAUUCCAAUGAAUUUGACUCAAAUGUGGAUGUUGGAGACUUGGAGAAGGUUAAGUUUAUUUGGUAUAACAAUGUGAUCAACCCAACCCUACCCAAGGUGGGAGCAUCCCAGAUCACAGUAGAAAGAAAUGAUGGAAGCGUGUACAAGUUCUGCAGCACAGACACUGUGAGGGAGGACGUGCUGCUCACCCUCUCCCCCUGUUAGGAGGCUGCUGACGAGCGACCACUGAC